AUGAAGGGAUGCUUCCAACUUUUGUUCCUUGCGCCAUUGGUGCAAUUUGUGCUCUACUACGUCGCCGUCGCUCCGACAGCGGCUGUGAGCCUGUUUCGUAACGAACUUCCAAAGCACUGCAAGCGUCAACUUGACUUCUCCAUUGUUGUCGAUGAGUCUGCCAGUAUCUCUAAGAAGGAUUGGAUGGAUCGAAUGAUACCAUUCUUGGAGAAUCUCAUUGAAACCAUUGACCUAGACGGCAGUGACAUCAGACUCUCGCUCACGACUUACUCGACGCCUACGCGUUCGAUUAUCACAUUUCUCGAUAAGGAGGCGAGCAACACCAAGAUGGCCCUUGAAAAGUUACACCAGAUGAGGGAUUCAAAACCCGCACAUGGCAUGACGUACACCGGUCACGCGCUUUCGUUCGUCCGGAAGGCGAUACUGCCUUACGGGCGCAAAAAUGCGCCAAAGGCGCUUCUGCUGGUCACUGAUGGAGCUUCUUCAGAUCCUGACCUGACAGCACAGGAAGCUGCCAUGAUCCGUGAUGAAGGCGUCAAUGUCCUGGUUAUUGGUGUUGGAAACGUUAAGGUCGAAGAGUGCCGCGGGAUUGUGGGCUGUGACGGCGUGAUGGACUGCCCAAUGUUCAAGCACACCAACUGGAAGGACAUGAUCCACAUGUUCUAUGGGCUCAUGAAAGAGGUCUGCGACACCCUCCCCCAAGAUGCCACCUGCAGCCCAGUGUGGACGGAUUGGUCAGAGUGCAACGCACCGUGCAAUGUCACCGGAACACGUACCCGUCAAUUGAAAAUGCUGGAAACCAUAACGCAACAAACUGCGGGUUCGAAUGGACAACAGGGACGUACAUGCAAGGAGCAGGAGAUAGACACCCCCGCGCAAACCGAGAAUUGCAUCGGAAAGUGCGUGGUCGUUCCAUCCCCUCGACAUGAUAUCCCGGCACCGUUUAUAAGCGGUAGAACUGCCGACGGGUCAACCGACCACAUGUACAGUGAUUCAGAGGAUAGUGGAUCAACCGUAAGCGGUAAACGUGAAGAAACCGCAAGUGAAGACAUCAACGAUGAGUGGAGCGGACAGCAGCAAAACAACUCGGAUGCCUCAGUGACAACGCCGAUGCCAGUGUCACAGAACGAAGUCGACCCGGACACAAUAGAGGCAGAGACAGAGCCGGAAUAUCCGAAAGAGACGAACCCGGGAUCAUCGGGCGCCACGUCAGAGGCACAGGGACUCGACACGCACUCCGGUAACAUUGGACUAGUGGCUAAGAGCACGUCCCAGGGAGAUGGUACCACAACGGGCGGAUCGGCGUAUGUUAGGGAUCAUGACUCCCAUUACGUCAAGCUCCGAGGGGAUAUGGAUCCUGAGGCUAAUGACACUGACUCCGAGAGUGCGCCGGUCGCAGUACCGCAGUCACCGUCACAACCGGAACUCGACACGCAAUCAAGUGGCACUGAUGUAGUAUCCACCAACGUGGAGGAUUCCACAAGUGGUGGAUCUACGGUUAAUCAAGAUUACGGAUCCCAUCACUCCAAUACAACGGGACAGACAGACUCUACAACUAACAACAAUGACCUCGAAAGCUCAACGGUCACAGCACCUGAGCCGCUGUCCGAGGACGAAGUUGUCCCGGGGACAUCUGACACAACCACCCCAAAUGAGGAGACAGAACUCAGCACAGAGUCGGGUGCCGCGGGAACAGAGUUCACGAGCACAGAUCAAGCAUCGGGCGCCGCAACAGGUGGAUCGACGGUUGACCACGAUUACGGUUCUCACUACUUCAAGGUCAAGAGGGAGAUGGACCCUGCGACCGGUAACACCGACUUCUCGACAGCGUCAGACCUAGGCGAGGCAGAGAGUACGCACAAGAAAGAGUCCAAAAGCACGAACGGCUCAAGUUGGGAACACAGCAACGAGACUACGAGCACCACCACCCAGAAUACCUUUGGCACUGAGGGCUGGAACCAUACGAGCACCACGCAUGAGACGACCGAAGAAACGGAUUUGGCAACCCAGGCAGCCAUCAGACGCCAGCUUGAGAAGGAACGUGAGGAAGACCUCAGGCGGGAGUUGGAGGUGCAGCAUAAGAAGGAGCUGGAAGCCGAGGAAAGGCUGAAACAACAAUUAAGUGUGAACCAGGGCGCAGCCGCCGCCGAACAGCCAACUUCGACUUCCGGAGAAGCCGUAGCUACCGGCGGAGACGACCACCAACUUGGCGGAUUCCACAUAUUGGGUGACAACGACAGUGCGUCACAGGAAUUCUCCGCACCCGUGAAAGCUGAUGUUGAAGACGAAACCGAAGAAGCAACUACCGAGGAAAGCAGCAGCAGGUCGAGCAGCAACACGACGAAGAUUGCCGGAGGCGCAUUGUUAGGACUUCUGCUCCUCGGCGCUGGAGGCGGGUACGCCAUGUACAAAAAAUUUCGCAGGAACAAGGCACCCGGCUUCGACACUGAUGCUGGCGACUUCACUGGGGGCGACGAAGGCGCGCAGCCCAUGAGGGACGCCGAAACCUACACCGUUACCGAAUUUGACAACAACAUUUGGGGAGAAGCGACCUAA